AUGGAGGACUGGACCCCACAUUUACCACAUUGUUUAAAGCAAUGCUUUCUUUACUUUGGUUUGUUUCUUGAGGAUGAGGAAGUUUCAGUUAAGAAGUUGAUAAGAUUAUGGGUUGCUGAAGGUUUUGUACAGAGUAAUGAGGUGAAGAUUGCAGAGAUUGUCGCGGUGGACUAUUUGAUUGAUCUUAUUACAAGUAAUCUUGUCAUGGUCGCACAAAGAUUUCCACUUGGUGACAUAAAAGCAGUUCGUCUUCAUGAUUUGGUACAAGAAUUUUGCUUGAAUAAAGCUAAAGAAGAAAAUUUUUUGCUGAAAGUUGAUCGAUCUCAUGCUUUUGAUCUUGCUAUUUCUAAUUCAGCGAGUGAUGUACAAAGGUUCCUAGUUUACUCUAAAAUGCAGCACUUUAUCAAGUGGCUUCAUCCAACCCAACGCACCAAUACUCUGAGGUUAUAUGCCCAAACAUUAACGAAUUUUACCAUUUAACUGACGGUGAAAUGAGCAAAUGCAUCACAGCAAGUGGAGCAUUCAGUUCAAAUUUGUUCAGAUCAUCACUUACAGUACUGGACUUGGAGAACGUUGUGAUUGAUGCUUCAGCUCUCGAGGACAUAACAUCCUUGAUUCACUUGAGGUACUUGUUAAUUUUCGGUAAUUUUAGUGAAAUUCCACCAGCCAUAUCGAAACUUACAAACCUGGAAACAUUAGUCGCGACCCCAAGAAGUGGUAUCUUAACUCUUCCGGGGUCUAUAUGGGACAUGAUAAACUUAAAACACAUGAAUACAAGUGAAGCAAUGAUACAUUUCAACGGUGUUGAGACUGUAAAGGAAGUCAUUUUCAAGUUAGAGAAAUUAGAAAGCUUUUCGAAAGUAGUCAUAGUAAAUGAUGAUGAUCUAUGUGAAAUGUGCAACAGAGCACCAAACUUAGUCCAACUUGAACUUAUAAUUUUGGAGCAAUGUGGCUCUUUGUUCAGAUCUCUCAAGUGUUUUAUAUAUUUAGAAACACUAAGUAUCUAUCGCUGUGGCGAUUUUGCAAUGAGUGGAAUUAACAUGUUCUUCCUUGAAAGCAUAAAAGAGCUAACUCUAUCUAGCUGUUGCAUAUCAUGGGAUGAAAUUUCAGCAAUUGGUGCAUUA